GUGUAUCGUGUGAAGUACGUAGGACCUGGCCGUUUAUCUCAUACGUUUUUUUUAUAGCUUUCCUCACUAUCCGCUGCUGCUCCUCCUCUUUCGUCUUGUUGCGGGGCGUUAUUUCCCUCAGAUGGGUGAGGCUGCAGCUGCGUAUUCAUUUCGCUGUCACAUCAUCACUAUAUAUUACUUUUGUAUACACACACACACCCAUACACAGCCACACAUUUGUGAAAAUGCAGUCUGAUUUAACCAACGUGGAGGCGGAGCUGCACGACAUUGAAGUUGCCUUUGCCACCGGCCGCAUGAACGCCUUCGGCUCCGCCUCCACACAGGACGCCUUCGUGCAGGAGCUGCGGCGGAUUGCGGAGAUCGAGACGCAGGUUUUCUACCGCACCUGCGCGCUGCUCAAGUCCAGCAACACCGAUGAGCACGCGCUGGUGACGAACAUGUAUGCCAGCGCGCAGCCUCCACCGCAGUCGCAGCGGGCAGCCGCUAACGGCACCAACUUCGGCAACAGCAGCAUCGUGCUGGACAGCAGCGCGCUCUUCCGCAGCGGCAACCCGGCUUUGGCACCGCGGAGCUCCUUCACCGCCGUUCCCUCCUCCUCGACGAACGUCGGCCGGUCGGGCAUGCUUUCGCCGGGGGUCAGUCGACCGCAGUCGCGUAACGGCCGCGAGAGCAUCGUCGGCGCCACGCCCGGCCCCUUUGGCGUGAUGAGCGACAGCUCCCUCGGCACCGCGUCCGCCGCCCCACACAUUCACCAGAGUGAGUGGGGCAACGAGGACGGGUUCGCCGACAAGGCCUUUGAGGACGUCGCAGCCCACUUUGAUGAGCUGGAGUCCCAGUUUACGUCCCUCGGCGACUACCUGCGCGACAUCUCGAAGCACGUGAUCCGACUGAACGACAUGUCGGAGCAGGUGAACACGGGCACGAAUGGGGGUGGCGUGUUCAACCCCGCCGUCGUCAACCUCAACGCAACGACGCAGAGCAACGCGCAGUCGUCGAGCAGCGGUGGGCGGCGGGCGCGGACGGACUCUUUCGAGGAGGAAGGCGGCACCUCGCGCUUUGACGGAGUGGCCUUCUCGCAGACGAAGGGGAACUGA